UGAGUCACGUGGUGCACACGCGCCAAAAGCCCAACCAAAUAAAAGCACAGGCUUCCUUAUUCUGCGCCUUUAAAACCGGGCUUGUGAGGUUGGGACGCUGCCUUAAGGAGAAUCAUUUUCUAUCUCACGUCUGCUUUCCCCGCUAUCAGUGUGAUCGCCGUAGCCUCCGACGCAGUGGCUACAAGAAUCGUUUUUUGCCUCCUUAGCCGACUUCCGCCCAUAUCCAAGAUGGCGGUUGAGCGGCCUUCCCAGCCUUUACGGGGCUGGGCGGUGUUUGACGUCUGAGUUGGUAGCGGGUGGAGCGGUUAGUAAACUGCAAAUGCAGGAGCUUCUGCGCGGGAGUCUGUCAUGGACUGGAAAGAAGUUCUUCGCCGGCGGUUAGCGACGCCCAACAUCGGUUCCAACAAAAAAAAAAGUGAACAAGAAUUAAAAGAUGAAGAAAUGGAUUUAUUUACCAAGUACUACUCAGAAUGGAAAGGAGGUAGAAAAAACACAAAUGAAUUCUAUAAGACCAUUCCCCGGUUUUAUUAUAGGCUGCCAGCUGAAGAUGAAGUCUUACUACAGAAAUUAAGAGAGGAAUCCAGAGCCGUCUUUCUGCAAAGGAAAAGCAGAGAACUGUUAGAUAAUGAAGAAUUACAGAACUUAUGGUUUUUGUUGGACAAGCACCAGACACCACCUAUGAUUGGAGAGGAAGCAAUGAUUAAUUAUGAAAAUUUUUUGAAGGUUGGUGAAAAAGCUGGACCAAAAUGCAAGCAGUUUUUCACAGCAAAAGUCUUUGCUAAACUCCUUCAUACAGAUUCUUAUGGAAGAAUUUCUAUCAUGCAGUUCUUUAAUUAUGUUAUGAGAAAAGUUUGGCUUCAUCAAACAAGAAUAGGACUCAGUUUAUAUGAUGUUGCAGGACAAGGGUACCUUCGGGAAUCUGAUUUAGAAAACUACAUAUUGGAACUUAUCCCUACUUUGCCACAAUUAGAUGGACUUGAAAAAUCUUUUUACUCCUUUUAUGUUUGUACAGCAGUUAGGAAAUUCUUCUUCUUUUUAGACCCUCUAAGAACAGGAAAGAUAAAAAUUCAAGAUAUUUUAGCAUGCAGCUUCCUAGAUGAUUUAUUGGAGUUAAGAGAUGAGGAACUGUCCAAGGAGAGUCAAGAAACAAAUUGGUUUUCUGCUCCUUCCGCCCUAAGGGUGUAUGGCCAGUAUUUGAAUCUUGAUAAGGAUCACAAUGGCAUGCUCAGUAAAGAAGAACUUUCCCGCUAUGGAACAGCAACCAUGACCAAUGUCUUCUUAGACCGUGUUUUCCAGGAGUGUCUCACUUAUGAUGGAGAAAUGGACUAUAAGACCUACCUGGAUUUUGUUCUUGCAUUAGAAAACCGGAAAGAACCCGCAGCUCUACAAUAUAUUUUCAAAUUACUUGAUAUUGAGAACAAAGGAUAUCUGAAUGUCUUUUCCCUUAAUUACUUCUUUAGGGCCAUACAGGAACUAAUGAAAAUCCAUGGACAAGAUCCUGUUUCAUUUCAAGAUGUCAAGGAUGAAAUCUUUGACAUGGUAAAACCAAAGGAUCCUUUGAAAAUCUCUCUUCAGGAUUUAAUAAACAGUAAUCAAGGGGACACCGUCACCACCAUUCUAAUCGAUCUGAAUGGCUUCUGGACUUAUGAGAAUAGAGAAGCCCUUGUUGCAAAUGACAAUGAAAACUCUUCAGACCUUGAUGAUACAUGAUCUCUCAAAGACUAGACUGUAUUCAUUAAGAUAAGCCUGAAUGCUACAUGUAAAACCUUUGAAGCAGAAUCCUUAGAAAUGGUCUAAUAAAACACUUCAUAUGCCUGUAGAACACAGCAAAUGUUCUCAUUAUUGGAAUUAAUAGUUUGGAAGCAAUAGGACCAAAUUAGGAGGCAGUAAAUUCUGGUUCCACUUAGCUCAACUAUGACAAGUGUGAUUUGGUGAAGGUAGAAAGAGUCCACUUUAAAUCUGUGUAAUCUUUAGAAAUAAAGGAAAUUUUCAUGGAAUAUUUCUAACAUUAGUUAUUAAGAAUUUAAAAAUGUGAAGGGUGGUUUAAAUUAUAGUAUCAUUUAAUGUUGAGUCUUCUACAGUAUUAUGUAUAUCAAAGAUUACAGACUUCCCCAUUCAUUAGAAUAAAGCCGUUUCAUUUCUGGGUUAGAAGUGUUUAGACAUGAUGUUUCUUUUAAUAGGAUAUUUCAAUACAAAGUAUUUAAGUUAAUAUUUUAAUUAAAAUCACUGGUACAAGAAAUUUGUCUAGCUUUAUUAACCAAUACCAGGGUUACAUUUUAUACAACUUCAUUUUGUUAAGGAUUUUUGUUAGAGAAUUUAUUUCUCUGUAAAGGUUCUCAAUUAUACUGUCAUGUUUACUUUCUAUGAGAUGAAAGAUUAGAAGAGGAUAGAAUAUCAUGAACUAUGAUCCAGAGGGAACAGUAAAUAUUAAAAGGGUUGAAAGAAGAAAAACUGAAAGAGACUUAAAAAUAACACAAAACCAUUUAAUUCAUUUAUGGGACAUUUUAUAGUUUGCAUAAAUAAAAAUAUAAAAAUUUAAGGCACAGUGAAUCACUAUGUAAACAUUACAAACUGGCCACUGUAGGACAAGUAGAGAAAGUAAAAUUCAGGAAACGUAAAACCUUCAUAAGCCAUCUUCCUUCUACUACAAUCAGAGAAGUUUCUAGUUUUAUCUAGCACCUCUAGGGAGAGAAGAUUCAGAUCACCUUUAGAUAUGCAUGCCUUCACUGGAUAACUAUCUGAGUUGGAGGUAGUAUCUCAAAUGAAGUUAAAAACAAAUUAGAGGGAAGACAUCAAAGUUAGCAUAUUUUAGAGCUAUUUGUAAACUGUAAUUUUUGGUGCCAAUUACAUAAUCUGAUGAUUAAUCCUUUAAGCACUAAAUUAUAAAGUUUUUACCCAUAGCUAAAAAGAUUACCAUGCCAUGAAUCACCACACUACGAAUCCAUGUAACCAAAGAUUCCUAAUGAAGAAUUAUCUUUCAUAAAUCCUUCACAUUUCAGUUUUUCAACUGAACUCAGUGACCAGAUGUUCACUUUCAUUGACAACAGAAUUUCAUAACAGGCCCACUAUACCUAUGUUGUGAGUUUCUAUUUUACGUAGAUACAUUUAAGAUUGAAAACAAUGCUAUUUAGAAGGCAAUUAA